AUGUCCUCGGCCGUGGGGCCCCGCGGUCCUCGCCCACCCACGGUGCCUCCCCCGAUGCAAGAGCUGCCCGACCUGAGCCACCUGACCGAGGAGGAGAGGAACAUUAUCAUGGCAGUGAUGGACCGGCAGAAGGAAGAGGAGGAAAAAGAAGAAGCCAUGCUCAAGUGUGUUGUCAGGGACAUGGCGAAGCCUGCUGCCUGCAAAACACCGAGAAAUGCUGAAAGCCAGCCCCGCCAGCCUUCACCGAGAUUGCAUCAACAAUUUGAAAGCUAUAAGGAACAAGUGAGGAAAAUAGGGGAAGACGCGCGGCGUUACCAGGGCGAACACAAAGAUGACGCACCGACCUGCGGUAUCUGUCACAAGACCAAGUUUGCUGACGGGUGCGGCCGCCUGUGCUCCUACUGCCGCACCAGGUUCUGCGCGCGCUGCGGGGGCCGCGUGUCCCUGCGGUCCAGCAAGGAGGACAAAGUGGUUAUGUGGGUAUGCAAUUUAUGUCGAAAGCAACAGGAGAUCUUAACCAAAUCUGGGGCAUGGUUCUUCGGAAGUGGCCCUCAGCAGCCAAGUCAGAAUGGAACCCUAAGUGACACGGCCACAGGUGCUGGUUCCGAGGUCCCGAGAGAGAAGAAAGCCCGACUCCAAGAGCGUUCACGGUCGCAGACCCCCUUGAGCACAGCAGCUGCCCCCUCCCAGGACGCGGCUCCGCCAGGCGCACAACCAGACAGGAGCAAGGGGGCUGAGCCCUCGCAGCCAGCUGCGGGGCCCGAGCAGAAGCAGGCUGCCUCCAGGUCCAGAAGUGAGCCUCCCAGAGAGAGGAAGAAGACCCCGGGGCUCCAGGAGCAGAACGGCAGAGGAGCCGCGAAGAUCGAGCGGAAACGCGCGCCCCGAGCCCCGGCGCCCGGGGAGGGCCCGGCGGAGGAGCGCGAGCGGAGGGAAAGGCGGGAAAGCCGCCGGCUGGAGAAGGGGCGGUCCCAGGACUACCCCGACGGGCCGGAGAAGCGCGAGCACGGCAGGGCGGCGGACGACGCGAAGCCCAGCAAGGAGGAGGAGUACCAGACCCGGUACCGCAGCGACCCGAACCUGGCGCGGUACCCGGUGAAGCCGCCGCCCGAGGAGCAGCAGAUGCGCAUGCACGCGCGCGUGUCCCGCGCGCGGCACGAGCGGCGGCACAGCGACGUGGCCCUGCCGCGCACCGAGGCGGGCGCCGCGCUGCCCGAGAGCCCGGCCGGCCCCCGCGCGCCCGCCGCCAGGGCCUCGCCGCCCGCCUCGCCGCGCGCCUUCCCGGCCGAGCGGACUGCGGAGGCCGCGCCGCUGCCCGCGCACAGCCCGCCCGCGCCGCGCCAUGGGCCGGCCCCCGCCGAGGCCCCGGAGCCGCUCAGGAAGCAGGGCCGCCUGGACCCCGGCUCGGCCGUCCUCAUGCGCAAGGCCAAGCGCGAGAAGGUGGAGACCAUGCUGCGGAACGACUCGCUGAGCUCGGACCAGUCCGAGUCGGUGCGGCCGUCCCCGCCCAAGCCGCACCGGUCCAGGAGGGGCGGCAAGAAGCGCCAGAUGUCGGUGAGCAGCUCGGAGGAGGAGGGCGUGUCGACGCCGGAGUACACUAGCUGCGAGGACGUGGAGCUGGAGAGCGAGAGCGUCAGCGAGAAAGGUGACUUGGAUUAUUACUGGUUGGAUCCUGCCACGUGGCACAGCCGGGAAACCUCACCUAUUAGUUCGCAUCCUGUAACGUGGCAGCCAUCUAAAGAGGGGGACCGAUUAAUUGGACGUGUUAUUCUUAACAAGAGAACGACGAUGCCCAAGGAGUCAGGUGCACUCCUGGGUCUGAAAGUUGUUGGAGGAAAAAUGACUGACUUAGGACGCCUUGGUGCCUUCAUCACCAAAGUAAAGAAGGGCAGCGUGGCAGAUGUAGUUGGGCACUUAAGAGCAGGGGAUGAAGUUCUAGAAUGGAAUGGUAAACCCCUGCCGGGAGCUACAAAUGAAGAAGUUUACAACAUUAUUUUAGAAUCAAAAUCAGAACCUCAAGUUGAAAUUAUUGUUUCAAGGCCUAUUGGUGACAUUCCCCGGAUUCCUGAGAGCUCCCAUCCUCCCCUGGAGUCCAGUUCAAGUUCCUUUGAAUCUCAGAAGAUGGAAAGGCCUUCCAUUUCUGUUAUUUCUCCCACCAGUCCUGGAGCCCUAAAAGAUGCCCCACAAGUCUUACCAGGACAACUUUCUGUGAAGCUGUGGUAUGACAAAGUGGGACACCAGCUGAUUGUAAAUGUUCUGCAAGCAACAGACCUGCCACCUAGAGUAGAUGGGCGUACCAGGAAUCCCUAUGUAAAAAUGUAUUUUCUUCCAGAUAGAAGUGAUAAAAGUAAAAGGAGGACCAAAACGGUAAAGAAAGUGCUGGAACCAAAGUGGAACCAGACGUUUGUCUAUUCUCACGUGCAUCGCAGAGACUUCAGGGAGCGGAUGUUGGAGAUAACCGUGUGGGACCAACCUCGAGUGCAGGAGGAGGAGAGUGAAUUUCUCGGCGAGAUCCUCAUAGAGCUGGAGACGGCACUCUUAGACGAUGAGCCACAUUGGUACAAACUGCAGACACAUGAUGAGUCCUCACUACCUCUGCCUCAGCCAUCACCGUUCCUGCCAAGGCGACACGUCCACGGAGAAAGCUCCAGCAAGAAACUACAAAGGUCUCAGCGCGUCACUGACAGUGACAUCUCAGAUUAUGAGGUUGAGGACGGGAUUGGCGUAGUUCCUCCAGUAGGUUACAGGUCUAGUGCUAGAGAGAGUAAGUCCACGACACUAACUGUGCCGGAACAGCAGAGGGCAGCCCACCACCGCUCAAGGUCCGUGUCUCCUCACCGGGGCGACGACCAAGGCCGGCCACGCUCGCGUUUACCCAAUGUGCCCUUACAGAGGAGUUUAGAUGAAAUUCAUCCAACAAGAAGGUCACGUUCUCCAACCAGACACCAUGAUGCCUCCCGAAGCCCAGUUGAUCACAGAUCCAGAGAUGUGGAUAGUCAGUAUUUAUCAGAACAAGACAGUGAGCUUCUCAUGCUGCCCAGGGCAAAACGAGGACGCAGUGCAGAGUGCCUCCAUACGACCAGACACCUUGUUAGGCACUAUAAAACAUUACCACCCAGGAUGCCUUUGUUAGAGACCAGUUCUCACUGGAGUAUUUACAGCUCAAUUCUGCCUGCACAUGCUAAAACCAGACCAGUGACUAGACAGGCUCUCUCCCCCCAUCACGAAUGCUCUAUGGGAGUACUGAGAGGUACUGAGGAGAUACUGGCUAGUGAACUGCAGCCCUCGCUUGACAGGGCUAGGAGUGCUAGUACCAACUGCUUGAGACCAGACACUAGUUUGCAUUCACCAGAACGAGAAAGGGGUAGAUGGUCCCCCUCCCUAGAUAGGAGACGACCUCCUAGCCCCAGGAUUCAAAUCCAGCAUGCAUCUCCGGAGAAUGACAGGCACUCCAGAAAGUCUGAAAGAUCUAGCAUCCAAAAACAGACUAGGAAAGGCACCGCCUCUGAUGCAGAAAGGGUUCUCCCACCAUGUCUUUCUAGAAGGGGAUACGCAGCCCUGAGAGCGACUGAUCAGCCAGUCCUUAGGGGAAAACCUCCCACUCGCUCCCGGUCGAGUGAGCACUCUAGUGUCAGAGCACUGUGUUCUGUCGACCAGCUUGCCCCUGGAGGGUCGGCGCCACCUUCUCCACUUCUGACAAGAAUGCGCCGGCAAGGAAGCCCCAGCCGGUCCCCGCCCGUGGACGUGGCCUUCAGCAGCCGCAGGGGAAGGCAGCUGCCCCAGGUGCCUGUGCGGAGUGGCAGCAUAGAACAAGCGAGCUUAGUAGUGGAGGAGCGCACGGGACAGAUGAGACUGGCACUGCACCGGGUUAAGCAGCCGGCAGGGUCUGGGUCUAGUCAAGACCUCGAGCGCGAGCAGUGUUCCCAGUAUAGCAUGCAUAAAGAUCAAUACAGAAGCUGUGAUAACGUCUCUGCCAGAUCGUCAGAUAGUGAUGCCAGUGAUGUGUCCGCCAUUUCCAGAGCCAGCAGUGCCUCCCACCUCAGCAGCACGAGCUUUAUGUCAGAGCAGUCUGAGCGCCCCAGGGGCAGAAUCAGUUCAUUUACCCCUAAAAUGCAAGGCAGACGGAUGGGGACUUCGGGAAGAGCCAUCACGAAGAGCACCAGUGUGAGUGGAGAGAUGUACACACUGGAGCACAAUGAUGGCAGCCAGUCGGACACGGCUGUGGGCACCGUCGGAGCAGGUGGAAAGAAAAGGAGGUCCAGCCUGAGUGCCAAAGUGGUCGCCAUAGUGUCUCGGAGGAGUCGAAGCACCUCCCAGCUAAGCCAGACAGAGUCGGGCCACAAGAAGUUGAAAAGUACCAUCCAGAGAAGCACGGAAACAGGGAUGGCGGCGGAAAUGAGGAAGAUGGUGAGGCAGCCCAGCCGCGAGUCCACCGACGGCAGCAUCAACAGUUACAGCUCCGAGGGAAACUUAAUAUUUCCUGGAGUUCGACUAGGAGCAGACAGUCAGUUCAGCGAUUUUCUUGAUGGACUCGGACCAGCCCAGCUUGUUGGCCGCCAAACUCUCGCCACCCCAGCAAUGGGUGAUAUACAGAUUGGGAUGGAGGAUAAGAAAGGCCAGUUAGAAGUUGAAGUUAUCAGAGCGCGCAGCCUCACCCAGAAGCCUGGCUCCAAGUCCACACCUGCUCCAUAUGUCAAAGUAUACCUUUUGGAAAAUGGGGCCUGUAUAGCGAAGAAGAAGACGAGAAUUGCACGGAAAACCCUUGAUCCUCUGUAUCAACAGUCCCUGGUCUUUGAUGAAAGUCCACAGGGCAAAGUUCUUCAGGUGAUCGUCUGGGGGGACUACGGCAGGAUGGACCACAAAUGCUUCAUGGGCGUGGCUCAGAUCUUGUUGGAAGAGCUCGACCUGUCCAGUAUGGUGAUCGGCUGGUACAAAUUGUUCCCGCCGUCGUCACUGGUGGAUCCCACACUCACCCCCCUAACCCGUCGGGCUUCCCAGUCGUCUCUGGAAAGUUCAACUGGGCCUCCCUGCGUUCGAUCUUAGUGAACUCAUACCAGAGUCAUUCCAAUAAAACUCUACCUUUCAGGAUGAUAAUCUGAACCAGAUAUAGUUCAUGAUCAAAAGCAUUGUUGGAGACAGACAAUCAACUUGUGUUUUGCCUGUAGUAGUUUUUCAAUAAUAUGUCCCAAUUGUUGUUUAAAACCUGGCUUCAUAUGACAGAACAAGGCAAUCUAUCAUAUUACAGUGAGAGUCAGCGUGCUGGUGAGAGUCACUGAUGCGUCUAUAAAUAGAAACGGAGGCCACUUCAGAUUCACACGCAUCCCCCGCCCCGCCCCCAAUCGAAGAGCCUGCAAACUCGCGCUCUGUGAAGAGUCGUGUCUGGCAUGUCUCUGCACAGGCCACGAGCAGUGUUGUUUCCCUGGUGUUUGAGAGGUUGUUUCUCUGUAUGUUUGUGGGGUUUUGGUUUCUUGAUUCGUUUGGUUUCUCGCUGUCCUUGUUAUUCCCACUAGUUUUUGGCUGUCGUGACAGGCCUCAUGAUGCUCACAGAGACCCUUCCUCUCUUUUUCCAAAAUCACCAAAAAAGGGCUGAAGCGGUCUCUGUGGCAUCUUCCCAGAGUGUUCCACCGUGAGAGGAGAGGCCAGCAAAGGCUGCACUGGCUUUCACUUCAUAGUUCUUCAGUCUUACGUGUGGAAACCCAGAAAACACAAGGCAAGCUUACAAAACAAUCACAGAAUCACUUUUUUUAACGAAGAGCAUAUCUGUUUGCAUUCUAAAAAAAAAAAAAAAAUUAUGUUUUCCAUUGUUUUGCAUGGAAGACUUAAAGAGGUCAAUGAGCAGCUAAUGCCAAGAACUAAGACUAACCCCACCAUGGUCCUUUGGAGACACUCCCUGUAAUGCCUUUUUCUUCCUGACAUCCAAAAGGAAUAUGUGCUCCUGUGUAUAAAACAUACUUUUGACUUCCCAAAAUGGUGACUAGAAAUGGAUUCGAGCCUAAGACACCUUGAGCUAUGCCCAGGUUUCUCGCCAUGUCUCUGUGUAGACAAACCCAUCUGCCCUGGAAAGAGCAUGGUAUGAGCUGUUCAAAUUCCACUGGAAAUUCCAGUUGAAAUAUUCUGCACUAAACCAAUGUUUUUAUCAAAUUUCAGUUUACAUUUCUUUGAGAUUGAUGCAAGCACAAAGCUUGAUUUUUUAACACAAAGUAUCUUACUUUUUUGGGGGAAAAAUAAAGUCAAAUUUCAAUUUGCAUUUUCUUCAUUUGAGUUUUUCUCAGUCUUGAAUUUCCUUGUGACAUUCUGUGUAUGUGCUCCAAUCUGCAGACUGCAGGUGCAUCGAUAUGUUCUCCCUCCUUUUAUGAGUCAUUCAGCUUUUGUGGUUACACAGUAGAGCGGCAUGGCUUGGAACUGUUCAAAGCUGCAUGCAUGUUUUGUAAAAAAAAAAAUGAAAAAGAAAAGAAACAAAGGUUAUUUAAUAAUGUACGUUACUUCCACAUAGGCCCGCUUGUGUGUUGCAUGUACUUUACAGUUUGCUCGUUAAUUACUAUAGUGAAAUAACCAAGAAAUCUAAGCCAUCUGUUUCUGUUAUAGACAUUUUGCAGGUUUUAGCCAGGCUCAGUCUGAGUCCGGGGUGAAAUGUCUAUAGAUGGACUUUAUUUUUUACCCUCUGGAAAACGUGAUGUAGUACGGACCAAAUUCCUUCUAAUAAAUAUUUUGGUGUAGAUUCCUACUGUGGGGCUGUAACACAUGUAGACACUGUGUGCACACUAGGUUUUAAUCCAUAGACAUACUGCCUGCACCAAGUGAACUAUUGAUUAUGAUUUACACAUGCCAGAAUCACCUGCCCAUCGUUCCACAGGCCCAGACUGACCACUCCUCACCGUGCUGAGCAGGGGGAACCAGAGCAUUGGUGCACUUCUACGAGAUUCCGUUCUGUCUUAGUGGCCAAGAACCAACUGAGUAUAAUUGGGUAGUAUCUUUCUAUUCUGACCACUUGUCUUAACACUCCCCUGUGCUUUUAAAUGAACUUCCAACUCAUGUAUGUAAACAUGUUUAAUAAAACUUACUUUUCAUGUCA